AUGAUCUUGAGCAGAAUGGAGUUCUGCGGCCGAAAGAUCCGGACGGCGCCGGCGAAGUCUGUGGAUAGUGAAUGCACGGUCUCGACAAAGAGUUCCGCGUCAACUGUAGCUUCGCUGGACAGCCUGAAGCGUUGUCCCUCAGUCGACAGCAGCUCCAAGCGCUUGCGGAAAAAGAUGCAGGCACAAGAAGAGCUGCUGGACUUGCUCUCAGAGCUUGGUUUCGGUGGUGGGGUGAACAGCCCACAGGAAGAUGGUGGUAGGGUGUUCUUCGUCUUCAAGGCAGAG